AUGGACUUCGACGAGUACGACUAUUUAGAGAAAACUGUGGAGGAGACUAACGGACUCUCCUCCAAGACGAAGGAUUCCAGAGAUUCGGUUGAGAAGGAGAAGGAAAAAGGUCACCGGCGAAAGGAGCGUGACGAAGACGAUGUUGAUGCGGAUGAGAGCGAGAAAGAUCGGAGACAUUCCAGCAAGAAAUCCCGCAGCGACGAGGAGAACGGGCGUGACCGGGACCGCGAUAGGGAUAAGGAGAAGGAUAGGAGUUCGCGACACCGGAGUAGGGAGAGGGACGGCGAGAGAAGUUCACGAGACAGAGAGCGGGACAGAGACAGAGAGAAGAGGGAGAGAGAUAGGGAUAGGGACAAGGAUAGGGAGAGGAGGGAUAAGGAGAAGGAGAGGGGGGAUAAAGACAAGGAUAGGGAUAAGGAGAAAGACAGAGAAAGGAGAGAUAGGGAUAGGGAACGAGAGAGGGAGAAGGAGAAGGAAAGAGAGAGGUCCAGGAGGAGCAGGAGCAGGUCUAGGCUCGAUCGUGAAAGGGAGAGAGAACUGCUCAGGGAGCGAGAUCGCGAGCUUGAGAGGAGGGACAGCAGGAGAUUCAGGGACAAGAAAGAAACUGCAGAGCCUGAAGCUGAUCCUGAAAGGGAUCAAAGAACUGUAUUUGCUUACCAGAUGCCGCUGAAGGCUACUGAAAGAGAUGUGUAUGAAUUUUUCUCAAAAGCAGGAGAGGUAAGGGAUGUUCGUCUGAUUAUGGAUCGGAAUUCCAGACGGUCCAAAGGAGUUGGGUAUAUUGAAUUCAAAGAAGCAAUGUCAGUGCCUGUGGCGAUUGCUUUAUCGGGGCAACUACUUAUGGGGCAACCUGUGAUGGUUAAACCUUCAGAGGCAGAAAAGAAUCUUGUCCAGUCAAAUACAUCUGGUGGUUCAAGUGUUGUUGGCCCUUAUGGUGCAACAGAUAGAAAACUUUACGUUGGAAAUUUGCAUUUCAACAUGACUGAGCUUCAGCUUAAACAGAUUUUUGAAGCAUUUGGAACUGUUGAACUUGUUCAACUACCAACUGAUCCUGAGACGGGGCAUUGCAAAGGUUUUGGCUUUGUGCAAUUUGCUAAUCUCGAGCAUGCAAAGGCUGCUCAGGUUUUGAAUGGGAAAUUGGACAUUGCUGGAAGAACUAUCAAGGUUUCUUCGGUUACAGAUCAUGUUGGAGUACAAGAAUCAGGACAGAAAACUGCGGACUUUGAUGAUGACGAUGGUGGUGGAUUGGCUUUGAAUGCUCAAUCAAGAGCCAUGCUAAUGGCGAAGCUGGAUCGGAGUGGAAUUGUACAAAGUGUUCCAGCUCUGAAUGGGGCAGCUCCAAGUCAACAACCCAUUACAAUGCCCAUUGUUACUCCAACAAUGCAAGCUCCAUUUUUUCCUGCGGUUGUCCCUGAAGCUCCAAUUGGAAAUCCAAGCGAGUGCUUGCUUUUAAAAAAUAUGUUUGAUCCUGCUACAGAGUCCGAUCCCGAAUUUGAUUUGGAUAUCAAGGAUGAUGUGCAUGAAGAAUGUUCAAAAUAUGGCAGGGUGAAGCAUAUUCACGUGGAUAAGAAUAGUGCCGGCUAUGUUUAUCUGCGUUUCGAGAGUGUGGAGGCAGCAACACGUGCUCAACAAGCCAUGCACAAGCGAUGGUUUGCUCGCAGAUUAAUCUCAGCAAUAUACUUGCAACCAUAUGAGUACGACGCAAAGUUCAAAGGAACAGCUUAA